AAUACUCAGUUCUUCCUCCUCUGUUUUUAGUCCUGCGUUCACAAAUCUCUCUGUUUUCUGCCUUACCAAAACAAGAAACCAGAACGAAAUGGCUUCUAUUUCUCACUUGAACCAAUUCCCAUGCAAGACCCUCUCAGUAAACCAAUCAAAAACCCAAUUUACUUCCAAGCCAGCAAUUUCCGCGCCGAAUUCGGUCAAAAUCGGCCCGAAACGAAUUGGGAAAUCUUGGAUUCGGGCCGGGGAAUUCAUCCGGGAGCGACGGAGUUUCCGGGUCCGGGCGGUGAACGAUGACGAGUGGGGCCCGGAUAAGGAGGAGGGUCCAUAUGCGGCGGCGGUUGCGGUGGUGGAGGAGGCGAAGCCGGCGGAGCCUAGCGAGAUUGAUAGGCUGAAGAAGGCGCUGGUGGACUCGUUCUACGGGACGGAUCGGGGGCUGAAAGCGACGAGCGAGACCAGAGCAGAGAUCGUGGAGCUCAUCACGCAGCUGGAGGCGAAGAAUCCGACGCCGGCGCCGACUGAGGCCUUGUCUCUUCUCAAUGGCAAAUGGAUUCUCGCGUACACAUCUUUUGCAGGUUUGUUCCCAUUGUUGUCGAGGGGUUCAUUGCCCUUAGUAAAGGUGGAGGAAAUAUCACAGACAAUUGACUCGGAGAAUUUUACCGUCCAGAACUCUGUCCAAUUUGCUGGGCCAUUGGCUACAACUUCAAUUAGUACCAAUGCCAAGUUUGAAGUCCGAAGUCCAAAGCGUGUGCAGAUAAAGUUUGAUGAAGGUAUAAUUGGGACUCCCCAAUUAACUGACUCGAUAGUGAUACCAGAAAAUGUGGAAUUUCUUGGACAAAAGAUUGACCUCACACCCUUCAAGGGCUUAAUCACCUCUGUUCAAGAGACAGCUUCAUCCGUUGUGAAGACCAUUUCCAGCCAACCGCCAGUGAAGUUCUCUAUCUCAAACAGCAAAGCUGAAUCAUGGUUACUUACCACAUACCUUGAUGAAGAAAUUCGAAUUUCAAGGGGAGAUGCUGGCAGCGUGUUCGUGCUCAUCAGGGAAGGCAGCUCCCUCUUAACGCCCUGAGCAAACUUAUAUUCUUAUUAGCAUUCUACUUCACCAAAUACAGUAUAUAUAUGUGGUAGACCUAUGGUGAUAAAUCCAAGAAACUGGAUCUGUAGUAGUUCUGUAUUGUUAAGAGAUGAUAGAGUAGCUGUGAAACCUAA